CAUAAAGAACCUGACGUGAUCUCAACCGGCAGUGAAGCUUUCGGACGUAUAUUUGUUUUCACAAGCGGAGCUUGCGUCGACGUCUACAAAUUCGCCGUUUGUGUUGCGUGUGCUACGAAAUAACGGUGAAGCACCUCGCACAAUGCCUCUGCGCUGCUCUGCGAUAGGGUGUGGGAAACGCAGCGUCAGGAGAAACAGGCCGUGUCAUGUGUUUCCGACAGAGCCAGAGCUUCGAAAGAUGUGGAUUCGCGCUGCGCGCCCAUCGCAGCCAACGUGGGUGCCUUCAAAGCAUGACUUUCUGUGCUCCGAACACUUCGAGGAUAGCGACUAUAACCCGAGCUAUGCUUUGUUGCUGAGCUUCGGCUUGCCAGCGAAACGGCGGCGCCUAAAGCCUGGUACUAUCCCCACCAUUUUCUCGCGAAAAGAGACAGAAGAAACGAAUGGAGGAAUCGAAGCUGCAUGCGAAAAAAGAAGGCGCAGCGAGAUUAUUCAUGAAAGACCGGAAGAAGAAAACUUGCAACACGCAGUGCCAGUUGCUUCAAACUGCACAGUGUCUCUUGAAGACAGCUUCACGAAUCCUGUGACUGGAAUUAGCACUCAGCAGAAGCAUUGUCAUAUUGAGCAGCUGAUUCAUGCUGGAGAGAUGCAUGAUGAAGACCGGGAAGAAACAAUGCACAUCAGUGAUUUAUUGCAAAUCAAUGUUUUCUCAAAUGGCCAAACAGAUUUUUCCAAGGAGAGAGAACACCCAAUCGAAUUCCAUGAUGAGCAUCAAGACGUGCAUCGAGCAUCGGAAAACAUGGAGUCUGGAAACACGUCGUCUACUGCAUUCGUCACUGACAGUGAAGGGCAAAAGCUGAGAAUUACAUUAGAUGUGGCAGUUCAAACAACAAUGAUCUGUCGAAGCCUGGGAAUGCAAACGACCAGGAAUACGAAGUCAAUUGCUGUCCAGACCUGCGCCAUUGAGGAACCAUAAGUGUCAUCACCGGUCUUCUUUGAGCACCAGUCCGAUCCCUUCGAUGCAGAUUUUGAUGAGGAUUUGGAAGAGAACAUUGAUUCUUCAUUUGCUCCGUCAGGGGACGGUCACCCAAGUAAGGAUCUGGGAUGUCCGUCCGUUUGCCCCACAAGAACGGUGUGUCUA